GCCUCCUCUCGCGUAUCUUCCUCCUCCCACCCCGCUGAAAUGCAGCUGCGCCAUUGCUCCUUUGUCCAUUGAAGAGAGCCGCGCGACUUGCAACGGAAAGAUACUGGGCCGUCCUGCAAUUCGACCGUAUAUCGUGCCGCAGUCGGAGACAUCGGGUCGUCUACUGGGUUGCAGCAUCGAACCACCGCAGCGGGGAGAAGUAGUUUAAACCGGCCGUACUGGUGCGUUACGAGCCAAGCGGUACAUUUCGACUCGAACCCACAAAGGAAAAAUCAAAAUGGAAGACACGAAAUACCUUCCGGAGCUCCUGGCUGAGAAAGACAGCUUGGAUUCGUCGUUCACGCACGCAACCAAACUUAUUUCUGCAGAGAUUGAGAGGAUUCAGAAAGGCGAAGCCAAGAAAGAGCCCGAGAAGGAAACGUAUCUGGACCUGUUUGCCACCAAGAAUCUCAAAUUGAAAGAGCGGGUUCUCAUUCCUACCAAGCAGUACCCACGGGUGAACUUUGUUGGUAAGCUUUUGGGACCACAGGGAAGCACGAUCAAGAGACUCCAGGAAGAUACUGGUGCAAAGAUUUCAGUGCUGGGUAAAGGCUCCAUGAGGGACAAGAAUAAGGAGGAAGAGUUGAGGAAGGGGGGUGAGGCCAAAUAUGCUCAUCUGUCCAUGGAGCUGCAUGUGUUCAUUGAGGUGAUGGCUCCCGUACCAGAAGCCUAUAUGCGCAUAGCUCAUGCUAUGGAAGAGGUCAAGAAGUUCCUUAUCCCGGAGCCCGGAGAGCACGAGCAGUACAUGGAUCCUCACUUCUUGAAUGGAUCCCAGGAUGGCUCAGGCAGGGGGCGAGGGGGUCACCUCGGAAGAGGCAGGGGUGGACCACCUGGCGCUGGAGGACCACGGGGGCGAGGGAUGCCACGUGGUGCUCCCCGAGGAGCAAUGCGUGGAGGCGGACCACGGGGGGGAUUAGGGCGUGGCAACGGGCAUAGGGGUGCACCAUCAGGUAGAGGUGGACCGCCGACUGCUCCUAAUAGAGGGGGCUCGGCACCCCGCUCUAGACCACCUGCAGCUGGGGCUCCAAGAAUGCUCCCCUCUGCAGCCAUGUCCCACCAGGGUCCUCCCUCAGCAUCACAGUCCAAAGCUGAUGGCUAUGAAGACUAUCCUGCAUAUGAAGAGCAGUAUGCAGAGCCUGCCUAUGAAGGAUACGACAAUUAUUACAAUCAGCAACCGGCACCUGCGGAUACUGAAUAUUAUGAUUAUGGACACGGCGAGGCCCCGGAAACCCCGUACGAGCCUUAUGCUCAAGAUGAGUGGGACAACUCAUGGUCCAGCACCGGGGCUGGAGGCAAGACCGCCGCCCCCAGGCAGUCGAAGGGAACGUAUAGAGAGCAUCCCUAUGGAAGAUACUGAACGGCUACUGGUAGAGAGUUGCUAUGGCAACUGUCUCCGAUUGUAACUCACUGAACUUUUCAAAAGUAAUUUCCCUCUCGUUUGUUCCCUUUUUUUAUGGUUUUAUUUUAUUUUUUGUUUUUUAAACUCGGUAGACGUUUCGUUGGAUGUAUCAUAGAGUGCCAGAGGAGGAACAUGUAGACGGAGCUUUUCGUUGUUUAACUGUUUCCAUUUAAUGUUUGUUUCAGUUGCGUAGUUGGCAGGUCCUAGUGACAUAACCCUAACAAAGAAACAAGAGUACAAUUUUAAUGAUUUAUCAUUUGAGUUAAUUUCAUCUGAACAAAAUGUGACUGUGGCGAUAAAUUCUUCUCACGUAGGCUGCAUUCUUCUAAAAGUCCUUCAUGACUGGACAAAAAUGAUUCACAAUGCCUCAAUGUAACUUCACUAACUGUCACAAACUCGAAUACAGUCCAGAGCCGUUUUGAUAAAAGCAAAAGUCUUAUCUUAUAUUUGUUCAUACUACAAUACAAAUCUAGUCUGGUGUGAAGUUAUAGAUUAUCCUAAAAUACUAUUGCAAACCAUUUGGCAAAGAGAAAUGCUUCUAUUUUUGCCCCACUUUACAAUUGAUAUAUUGUGAUCUGUCCGGACUAUUACUUGCGAAAUCAACGCUGAUCGACUAAUUCUUGUAAAGCUUGAAGGAUGAACAAUCCUUACUGUGUGAGAGGAAGGCAGCAGCCAACUCAAUAUUUUGUACAUAACCUUAGGAAAACUGUGUAUGCUUUAAGCCGUACAGUCUCCCAAAUGCAUAAUGCCUGUGUACCUUUGGCUAAAUAGGAUACUAAAUAUAUCCCCAAAUGUUUUUCUGCAGUGCGUGUUUCAAUAAAGUUUCUAGUUUCUUUUUAAUCAAACUAAACAUGGUAUUUUGCCUUUGUUGUACCAAAGGAAUGCCUUCAGUUUGUGAAAGUGGUCCUCAAUGGUUUCUCAACAACGCUGAUUAAGCUGUAUGUAUACACGUUAGCCUGACAAAAUACAAAAGCGGUGUAAUGACAUGGAGCUUAUCCUCUUCAUCUGUUUUCAAAACUUAUCUAAAUGACACUUGUAAUGUCGCCUUCAAAAACAAUAAAAUAAAGCUCAUUCCUUGAGGUAA